GAAAUUUCCGAGAGAAUUAUCAAUUAUCAAGAGAAUAACCAAGAGAAUUGCGGUGUCAGAGAAUACAAAAGUGAGCUAGCAGUAAAAGAAAAAAGUAUUACCGUCGUUUUUGGUGAAUAUUUGGAUCCUCAACUGGUAUUUGAUUGUGUCAUUGCUGCUGAUGAAUUAGCCAUUCUUGAUCUUCUUAAAUACGCUCAAAGAUACCUUUUAGAAAAUCAAAUAACAUGGUUAAAAGAAAAUCUUGCCUUAAUUUAUCUUCGUAGUUUUGGAAUUGAAUCUUUAAAAGAUUUACAAGACUUUAGUCCUAUUUAUGAUGAUAUUUAUGACGAUAUAGGUUUAAAAUCUUGUUCAAAAAAAUUAUUACCAAGUCGUGGUGCUAUUGUAUCUACUAUUAUGAGCUCUCAACAUGCUGCAAUAAUGGCAAGUUGGAUAGAUCGUAAAGAUGUUAUUCCGGAUGCUGAAAAAUCUUUAAAUCAUUCUUUUUAUAUUCCUUCCCAAAUUCCUUACAAGUUUAAAUUACUUGUAAGAGGUAGUCGCGAUGGAUUUUCUCCCACAGUUUUUCACAAAUUAUGUGAUCGUGUACGUUCAACUAUCUCUUUAUUUAAAUUAGUUAAUUCGGAUAUUUUUAUUGGUGGUUAUAAUCCUGAAGUAUGGGAUUCUCCUUUAUGGCCAAAAUAUAAAUCAAGUGAUAAAGCUUUUAUAUUUUCUUUUACUCAAGGUGGAUCUAAUCUUAAUGGUCAAAGAAAUAAUAAUGGAAAAAUUGGAAGAGUAACUGAUCAUGUAUACGCAUUAAAUUGUUGGAGAUAUAAUGGACCAUCUUUUGGAAAAUGUGAUUUGGUAAUGCAUAAUGGUGGUAUUCUUAGAUUUAAAAAUCAAUCCUUUUCGCCUCAAAUUAUGCCUACCGAAAAUAUUAUGAUGAAAAUUGAAGAUUAUGAAGUAUUUGAAGUUGUAGAAAAGAUUAAGGAUAAAAAUAAUACCGCGAUAUCAUAG